AUGGCUACUAGAACUCAAUUCGAAAACUCUAAUGAAAUUGGUGUAUUUUCCAAGUUAACAAACACUUAUUGUUUAGUUGCUGUUGGUGGUUCUGAAAAUUUCUAUUCUGCUUUUGAGGCUGAAUUAGGUGACGCUAUUCCAAUCGCUCAUACUACAAUCGCUGGUACUCGUAUCAUCGGUAGAAUGACUGCAGGUAACCGUAGAGGUCUUUUAGUCCCAACUCAAACCACUGAUCAGGAAUUACAGCAUUUAAGAAAUACUCUACCAGAUUCUGUCAAGAUCCAAAGAGUUGAAGAAAGAUUAUCUGCCUUAGGUAACGUUAUCUGUUGUAACGAUUACGUUGCUCUAGUACAUCCUGAUAUUGACAGAGAAACUGAAGAAUUAAUAAGUGAUGUAUUGGGUGUUGAAGUUUUCCGUCAAACAAUUUCUGGUAAUAUUCUUGUUGGUUCAUACUGUGCUUUGAGUAAUCAAGGUGGUUUAGUUCAUCCACAAACUAGCAUUCAAGAUCAAGAAGAAUUGUCAUCUCUAUUACAAGUACCAUUAGUUGCUGGUACUGUGAAUCGUGGUAGCUCUGUCGUCGGUGCCGGUAUGGUCGUAAAUGACUAUCUAGCCGUCACUGGUCUCGAUACCACUGCACCAGAAUUAAGUGUCAUUGAAAGUAUUUUCCGUCUACAAGAUGCUAACCCAGAAUCCAUCUCUGGUAACUUACGUGAUACUUUAAUCGAAACUUACUCAUAG